AUGCAGAACAGCAACGGUACGCCAAACGGGAGCGCUGUCCGUAAACGAAACUCAUGGAAAAGUUCCGGUCAAGGGGACAGGGAAUUUAUUGACGAGAGUCGAUUAAGUAAACGUCUGUCGUAUUUACUGCGGUACGGUGCCGAGAAGGAAGGACUGGCUGUUAGCGACAAAGGAUUUAUUGAUCUAAAGAUGCUUCUUGGAUUGACAAUUAUGCAAUCUUAUUCUGAAGAAGAAAUCAUUAAUGAGAUUCGGGUGUCUAGAUCCACCAGAGGUCACAAGCGUUUUGAAUUCAAACGAGAGUAUGGCGGGCAAGUUUUUGUGAGGGCCCUUUUCGGGCGAAAAAUGGAAAGGAAUCCAUAUCACAGAGACAGCAAAGUGUACAGACUACUCGAAUUAUGUUUAGUGUAUAUUUGCGAUCACGUGGACCACUUUGAUUUACAAGAUUUUCCUGACGAGUUUUUACAGAGUACAAUUAUACAUAAACUUAUAAGACAGAAGAAGCUGAGUAACAACGCCAUGAAGUGCAUGCUGGGAAGUUCAAUAGAGGAAUUGGACUUAGAGGGCGUGUAUCUGACAGCCAAGUCACUAAAAAUUAUCGCCGAACGUUGCAAUAAUCUUAAACGUAUAAGUUUACAAAAUUGUGGAUAUUUAAUGAAUGACCAGAUAUUUAUACAAAUGAUUAAGAUAACAUAUCUGUAA